CGAGUCGAUAGCCACCGAUGCCUACAAUAAAGCGCUCGAUAGAGUUCCAGCGGUUAGGCUGUCCAUCGAGUCGACAAGUUUUAAGAAACCGACGGCAAGUGGUGGACUGACAGGCCUUUCGGGUUAUGGCAGCGAAUCGGAUGACAGUGCGGACCAAAUGGAGGAUAGAUCUGAUGAAAAGCGUUCAGAAACGGAUCAAAACACCAAUAAUGGACACAAAAGCGACGAAAACAGAGAAAAGGAUAGCAAUAAAAGUAAAGACAAAAGCGUUGAACGAAACGAGAGAAAGAGUACUGAAAGGCCGCGAAAGACGUCGGAGUCGUCCGAUAGAGACCGACACCGAAGUAGUGAUCAGCGAAGGGAUAGGAGUAGGAGUCGCGAGAGGGAAAGGGAUA